AUGAAUGGUAAAAAUCCGUAUGGUAACGUUCCCUUUGGUACAUCGCCUAAUAAAAGUAAUAGAAAACCUAAUAUUUCGAGUCCAAUUCCAAAGAAAAAUACUAAAGUGGAACCAGUAUAUCGUUUACAUCCUGUUCCAUCUAUUCCAUCAAAAAGUAUUCCAAAGUCAUCUCCGAGGGAUAUUGGCCACAAGCCUAAAACGUCAGACAAGAAUGUUCCUAGACCUUCGGAAAAAGAUAAAAUCAAUUUAGAUGUUAAUCCAAGCCAUACUCAAUUUGCUAGCUCACUCCGAGCUCCUCCACUUUUACAAAAUAAAACGGAGCCCAAUGAAUUUGGUGAUGAUCAUUUUUAUCCAAAACCUAACCUAAGUCAAAGACCCAUUAAUGAUUUUGGAUCGAAAUAUCCAAAAACGUACUCUCCGACUCUUACACCAAAGAAACCUCUUCCUUCUGAUAAAUCCCCUCGAUUACCGUCUAAAAUAAACGAUGUCGUUAGCCGUUUAACUUCUGAUACACGAGCUUCAAGGGAGAGAAGAAUAUUGACAAACACUAAUUUGAAACGCAGUAGCACUCCUACCUUCAGUCCGACAACGGAUAAAAAUAAAUCACCUUUUAGAAAAACUUCAAGUGGUUCAUCAUCACCUGUUUCAACGGAACGAGAUUUUGAUUUCAAAUAUAAAAAACCUCAAACAACACAAUCACCUCGAUCACAACCAGCGCCAGGAAGAGAUACAUCUCCUCGUAUAAGAUCAAAGUCUCCAGUAAUGAAAUCCGGUUCACCUCAUAGACCUUCUUAUCUCAGCCCAGAAAGAAGAAGUCCGUUGACGAAACCCAAUGAAAAACCCAAAUCUUUCGAUAAUAAACCAUCUACUACAAGGAAAACUCCCGAUCGUGUAAAAAGUAGUUUACCCGAAUAUCCGGCACAAAAAAAAUUACCUUUAAAGGAUGGAAGAGAACCUAAAAGUUUACAAGACAAACCGAAAACUUUGUUAUCGCCGGGCAAAAAAGUUGUGCCUAAAACUGAAACCCCUGGAAGAAAUCAAGAUAAAUCUCCGCAAAAAAAUAAAAAAUCUGAUUUGAGUCCAGUUAAAACUGUACCUUGUGCCAGAAAACCUGACAAAAGUCAGCCACGUUCGCCCAAAAAGCAACCGAAACAUCCAGAAGAACAAAGUGAUACGGAAACAACCGAAAACGAUACUGAUUUAGAAAAUGAAAGACAUACAGAUGAUAAAUAUAUUGAUGAAAUAAAUUUUAUUCGAGAAGAAGAAAGAAGAACAUAUAUUAAAAAUACCAAGGUACGAAAAACCGAUUCAGAAAACAGUGAAGACGAAUACCCGGAAAAUGAACAUCCCACAAAAAAACAUCAACCGGAGCAUGAUAAGAGAAAUAAAGAUGAUGUUGAAACAGAUGAAGAUGAAUUACAAAGGCCUAAAAGAAAAACAAAUGAAAAAAUGAAACCACACUCGGAAGAAGAAGAACCGAGGAAAACAUUAAAAGACAUGCUUGUAAAAACAACGUUAGAAAAAAUAAAUAAAAUACCAAAUUUUGGUGACGAAGAUAAUAUAAUAGAAUCAACGAAAAAUUUGACCGUUGCAGAAAGAGUAAACAAAUUUAUGGAAACGGCUCUUAAUAAUAAAAAUCAACCUUUGACAAAUAUUGACGAUGUUACGUUGGAAGGCCUUGAAAGUACCGUUGACGAGUAUAUUCUUAAAAAUCAAUUAACUGGAGAAACCACAGACUACACAACUGUUAAUUCAGUAAAAAAGGCAAAAAAUAUGUUUGAAACUAUUGCACAAAAUGUAAAUUAUAAACCACAAGGUCAAUCACCUGAUAAACACGAUAGGAGACCUGACGAUCGCACGGGUAAGAAACCAAGAGAUGAUGAGAGCCCAGACAGAUACGGAAAGAAACCUACUGAUAAAACUGGUACACGACCUGGAGAUGAUUCUCCAGAUAGAUAUGGAAACAAACCAGGCGAUAAAACCGGAAGAAAACCAGGAGACGAUGAUUCUCCGGAUAGAUACGGUAGAAAGCCAGGUGAUAAAACUGGAAGACGACCAGAAGACAAUGACUCUCCUGACCGGUACGGUAAAAAGCCAGGAGACGAACAUUCUCCAGAUAGAUAUGGAAGACAACCGGUCGAUAAAACUGGAAGAAGACCCGGAGACGAUGAUUCACCUGACCGAUACGGUAGAAAGCCAGGUAAUAAAACGGGUAGACGACCAGGGGACGAACAUUCUCCGGAUAGAUACGGUAAAAAGCCAGGAGAUAAAACGGGUAGACGACCAGGGGACGAACAUUCUCCGGACAGAUACGGAAAACAACCGGGCGAUAAAACCGGAAGAAAACCAGGAGACGAUGACUCACCUGACCGAUAUGGUAAAAAGCCAGGUGAUAAAACCGGAAGAAAACCAGGAGACGAUGAUUCACCUGACCGGUAUGGUAAAAAGCCAGGUGAUAAAACCGGAAGAAAACCAGGAGACGAUGAUUCACCUGACCGAUAUGGUAAAAAGCCAGGUGAUAAAACCGGAAGAAAACCAGGAGACGAUGAUUCACCUGACCGAUAUGGUAAAAAGCCAGGUGAUAAAACCGGAAGAAAACCAGGAGACGAUGAUUCACCUGACAGAUACGGUAGAAAACCGGGUGAUAAAACUGGAAGAAGACCAGGAGACGAACAUUCUCCAGAUAGAUACGGCAGAAAACCAGGAGACGAACAUUCUCCAGAUAGAUACGGUAGAAAACCAGGAGACGAACAUUCUCCGGACAGAUAUGGCAGGAAACCAGGAGACGAACAUUCUCCAGAUAGAUACGGUAGAAAACCAGGAGACGAACAUUCUCCGGACAGAUAUGGCAGGAAACCAGGAGACGAACAUUCUCCAGAUAGAUAUGGCAGGAAACCAGGAGACGAACAUUCUCCGGACAGAUAUGGCAGGAAACCAGGAGACGAACAUUCUCCAGAUAGAUACGGUAGAAAACCAGGAGACGAACAUUCUCCGGACAGAUAUGGCAGGAAACCAGGUGAUAAAACUGGAAGAAGGCCCGAAGACGAUGAUUCUCCAGACCGAUUCGGUAAAAAACCAGGAGACGACGAUUCUCCGGAUAAAUAUGGUAGAAAACCAAGUGAUAAAACUGGAAGACGACCAGGAGACGAUGACUCUCCAGAUAAAUAUGGUAAACAGCCAAGUGAUGUAACUGGAAGACGUCCUGGAGACGAACAUUCUCCAGAUAGAUACGGUAGAAAACCAGGAGAUUAUGACUCUCCAAAUAGAUACGGUAGAAAGCCAGGAGACGAACAUUCUCCAGAUAGAUAUGGUAAACAACCGGGUGAUAUAACUGGAAGACGUCCCGGAGACGAACAUUCUCCAGAAAGAUACGGUAGAAAACCAGGAGACGAACAUUCUCCUGAUAUAUAUGGUAGAAAGCCAGGAGACGAACAUUCUCCAGAUAGAUAUGGUAAACAACCGGGUGAUAUAACUGGAAGACGUCCCGGAGACGAACAUUCUCCAGAUAGAUACGGUAGAAAACCAGGAGACGAACAUUCUCCUGUUAUAUAUGGUAGAAAACCAGGAGACGAACAUUCUCCAGAUAGAUACGGUAGAAAGCCAGGAGACGAACAUUCUCCGGACAGAUACGGAAGACAACCGGGAGACGAACAUUCUCCAGAUAGAUACGGAAGACACCCGGUCAAUAAAACUGGAAGGAGACCCGGAGACGAACACUCUCCGGACAGAUACGGAAGGAAGCCAAGCGAUAAAACUGGAAGAAGACCCGGAGACGAUGAUUCACCUGACCGAUACGGUAGAAAGCCAGGUGAUAAAACUGGAAGGCGACCUGGAGACGAACAUUCUCCUGACCGAUACGGUAGAAAGCCAGGUGAUAAAACUGGAAGGCGACCUGGAGACGAACAUUCUCCGGAUAGAUACGGUAGAAAACCAGGUGAUAAAACGAGUAGACGACCUGGAGACGAACAUUCUCCGGAUAGAUACGGUAGAAAACCAGGUGAUAAAACGGGUAGACGACCUGGAGACGAACAUUCUCCUGACCGAUACGGUAGAAAGCCAGGUGAUAAAACUGGAAGGCGACCUGGAGACGAACAUUCUCCGGAUAGAUACGGUAGAAAACCAGGUGAUAAAACUGGAAGAAGACCCGGAGACGAACAUUCUCCGGACAGAUACGGUAGAAAACCGGCUGAUAAAACGGGAAAACGACCCGGAGACGAUAGUUCACCUGACCGAUAUGGUAGAAAACCGGGUGAUAAAACUGGAAGAAAACCCGGAGAUGAUGAUUCACCUGACCGAUAUGGUAGAAAACCGGGUGAUAAAACUGGAAGAAAACCUGGAGAUGAUGAUGCACCUGACCGAUACGGGAUAAAACCGUCUGAUAGAACUAAUAAGAGACCGGGAGACGUUGGUUCUCCUGAACGAUACAGUAAAAUGCCGGUUGACCGUAUCGGUAAAAAACCUGGUGAUCGUGUCGGAAAAAUUCCCGUAGAUGGUCAAUCUCCGGAUAGAUACGGUAUGAAACCGGUUGAUCGAACAGGAAAACAUCCAGACGACUAUCGUUUGCCAAAUAAAUACGAUAAAAAACCAACCGAUCGUUUGGGUAAAAAGCCAGAGGACGAGGAUUCUCCUAAUAAAUAUGGUAAGUCACCUAAAACUCAAGAUACUCCUUUUGCUUCUCAAAAAUCUCCGGAAAAAUUAUUUCCCCAAACUCAUUCCUCACCUGUUUCUCGACGUCCUUUUGAUUCUCCAGAUACUAACAAAUCACGUCUUUAUGAUCAGUCUCCAGAACGGCCUGGUCAAAAAUUUUCUUCUUUAGAUUUAUCACCUACUAAAAAGUUGAAACCCAUUAUUCCGUCGCUAGACUCACUGUUUAACAAAGAUAAUGUUUUUUCAGACCGUUUUGGAACAUAUCCUAAGCGAACAACACAUCAGCCGGAAAUCAGUGAUAAAUAUCGACAAUCACCAUCAACCAUCAGGAGUUCAGUAUUUCACACAACAACCAGCUCUUAUAGCGUUUAUAAUACCGAUGACAGAGAAUAUAUGUCAGAUCUUUUACCCAAAAGCCCAACGGAUUUCACAUCGCCCACAAGACGCUCACCGAACGCUUUUGAUUCUUUCCCAUCGUCAUUAAGAGAGCCAACUGGUUCAUCUCCAUCGUAUAAACCACUCGACAAAUUUGAUUCGCCGACAACGCCUAAAAAAUCUCCUUCAAAAGAAAUUGCUGAUCAAUUACGCCGUGGAACUCCCAAAAAAGAUACACUCCUUGGUACUUCCAGAGCCCCGGCCACCAAAACUCAUCCAAAUUCAAGAAUAACCGAUAGUUUAUACAAACCAGAACAAAAAAGACCAUCGAAAGAAAAACCACAGAGUGUUGUUGAUAAAUAUUCGCUUAUGAAUUACGAUACGAAAACUACAAAAACCAGUUCUACUAAAUACUACGAUUCGCCAUUUUCACCAGAUAAAAAAUUAUCCGACAGGCCGACGAGAUCAUUGAUUGAUACUAAACCGAAAACUAACGGUUAUACAUCACCUUUCGAUUCUCCUUUAUCUCCAACAUUCGAUAAAGCAAAUAAAAUUCCAGAAAAAGAAGGAUUAAAGGCUCCGGCAUUAUUGAAAAAUCAAAAACAUCCGGAUGGUAGAAAAUAUCCAUCCUCAUAUGAUUCACCUUAUUUAAACGAUGAUGAUAAUGAUGAAUAUGAUGAUAUAAUUAAUAAAAGAAGACCGUUGAGUUCGAAUGUGAAACCAUCAAGAAUUACCGACAGCAAAGUUUCUAAUUUUGGUAUCACAUUAAAAAAGACGACGACAAAUUUUAUUAAAAAAGGGCCCACAGACGUUGGAAAAAAGGAAACCGAACUCGACCGGAUAUACGAUUUAGAUGUUUUACAAACAAUGGGAUAUGAAGAAAGGCGUUUGAUACGGGGACAAAUAAGAAAUGUGAAAAAUUUAAUCGAUAAUGAUGAAUUGGUACCUCAACAACCAGGACGAAAAGGUACGAAACCGUAUUUGGACGAUUACGAACCUUACAACAAACCACAAUCCAGAUCUCCGUUGAAAGGACAACCCAAAGGUACCUACGAUUCUCCAUUGGAUAAAUAUUCGACGUACAAAACGGAAACUACAACCGAAACGAGCUACCGUAAAACAUCUCCAGAAAGAUAUCAUCCAAGAGAUGACAGUCCUGGAAAACGUACGUCAAUUAAAACGACGGCAACGUUGAAUUUGUCUUCUUCCAAAACCGAUAGUUUAUUGAGGAGAUCCCCGGAAAAACCGUCGUCGCUUUACGAUAGAAAAUCUCCUGAAAAACAACCGUCGUCGCUUUACGAUAGAAAGUCUCCGGAAAAAACUUAUGGAAAACCUGGUUCAAGAACCUACGAACCUACGAAAUCAUCACCCGGUGUUAAAAAACCAACAAUACCUGGCGGUACAUUAAUCGAUUCCGAUACGAGAAAAUAUUUGAGAAGUGGAAAAUCUCCCACGAGAGAAAAAUCGAGGCCUUUUAUGGGUGACGGAUUAUAUCCGGAAACUAGACCAUACGGUGGUAAGUGA